GCUCAGAACGAGUUGCAAGAUGUCGAAGAGAACAUUGUUCACCUAUUAUUCAAGCAGUAGCAGUACUCCUACUCCUCCAGAAACUAAUGCAAGGCCCCCAAAAAACCGCAGAGUAGAAUUUUGUGCAUCAGAUAUCAUUAGUGACCCUGGAUUGCGCAAGCCAAUUGAUGAGUAUUCGUUUGAGAUUAGAGAUCAAGUUAAGAGGGCAUAUGCUUUGAGGGGUCCAACUCAACAACCAGUUGGCUUUACAUUUCCUCGCUCAUGGCAAAGUGGUGAAUGGAGAUCUUUUCAGCAGCAUUGGUUUGGGACUUAUGAUUGGCUGGAGUAUAGUGAGUCAAAGGAUGCAGCAUUUUGUUUUUAUUGUUAUCUUUUCUUUGAGCCAGGAAAGCCCGAUAAAUGGGGGAGCAGUGUCUUUGCAAAGGUCGGUAUAGACAAAUGGAAGAAGCCUUUGGAAAAAUUUGAUAAACAUGGUGCUUCACAUUCUCAUUGUAAUGCAAGGCUGAAGUGCGAUGACUUUAUGAAUCAAAGAACAAGUGUCACUCGGAAAUUUGAAAAGCAAAGUAAGGAGGAAGAUAAUCGAUACAAGACUCGCUUGUCAUCUUCUUUAGAUGUUGCAAGGUUCCUCAUACAGCAAGGUGAUGCUUUCCGUGGACACAAUGAGUCCUCUACUUCGCUCAACAAGGGAACAUUCAGAGAGAUGAUUGACUGGUACAAAGACAAGGUCGAAGUGGUUAAGGAUGCAUAUGAUAAAGGCUCUAAAAAUUGCCAGAUGCUGUCUCCUUUUAUUCAGAAGGAUCUUACAAAAGCUUGUGCAGAAGAAGUCACAUCAGUGAUUAUGGAUGAGAUUCAUGGCAGGCGAUUCUCGGUGCUUAUUGAUGAGUCUCGAGAUGUAUCUAUAAAGGAGCAAAUGGCUAUGGUUCUGAGGUUUGUGAAUGAUGAAGGAAAGGUGCUAGAGAGAUUUCUUGGACUUAAACAUAUUGAGAAAUGUACAUCUAUUGCAUCGAAAGAAGCUUUGGUCGGUAUGAUUUCUAGCCACAAGUUAAGCAUGAGUAUGAUUCGUGGACAGGGUUAUGAUGGAGCUUCCAAUAUGAGAGGUGAAUUUAAUGGCAUGCAGAAAUUGGUUCGUGAUCAAAAUCCUUAUGCCUUCUAUGUGCAUUGUUUUGCCCAUUAAUUGCAAUUAGUGGUUGUCGCCGUUUCAACUUCUA